GCUGAUUGAACAAAAGUUAUCAUCCUGUCUAUUUAAUCAUUGAAGUUUGAUGGAAAUUCAAAAAACUGAAAUAGAUUUAUCUAAAAAUAGCCUGCUGAACAAUCUUCUGAUCAAUAUUUUGACUUGUUUUCUUAUGUGAAACUAUCUUAACUAUACCAAUGUUAUUUCAUUGACCUGGAACAAAUAUUUAGCUGUCUUGGGGAGCCUCUAAAAUAUUCCGUAAGUCAUAAAUCUAGAUUGUCCAAUGAGAAUUUAGAAGGAAAUUGUUGGUGUGAUGACGGGAGGGAAUGGGACUUUGCUUCUAGCCCAGGCCAGCCCCUAACAAUCUCAUGUUCCUCAACCAUUUGAAGGUUACUUCAACCAGGACUGCACAUCGGUUAAUGCUCAGAGGAACUAGUGGACUAGUUUUAAAGACUAGAAAGCUAUCCGCAUCAAUAUGGGCUCUGAAAGAGAACAGGUCAUUGAUACCUUCCACACCACAGUUCACACGCUGUGCAGGAAUAAUGAAAAAGACGUGCGAGGGCUUCGCUACAUGCAGAAAAAUGGAAGGUUCCCCAUGGCAUUCUGGAAGGCCCCCGGAGACUGGAGCAUAUUUUUAAUAGAUAUCUUCACCACUUUAGUGGAGGUUCGCUGGAGGAUAAUGCUCCUUGCAUUUUCUUUUUCAUACAUCAUCUCCUGGAUACUUUUUGGGCUUCUUUAUUGGCUAAUUGCUCAUGUGAAUGGAGACAUUAGCGAGAAAAAUGACAGGCCCUGUGUGGAAAAUGUACGCAGCUUCACUGGAAGUUUUCUAUUCUCAAUGGAGACCCAAGCAACUAUUGGUUACGGCUUCAGGGGAAUGACAGAGAACUGCAUGGUGGCUAUUGUUGUAGUGACAAUUCAAGAUGUGUUCAGCUGUUUUAUUGACACCAUUAUUAUUGGCAUUGUUGUGGCAAAGAUGGCGUCAGCACGUAAGAGAGCCCAGACAGUGGGUUUCAGCAGCUGUGCAGUGGUCAACUUGCAAAAUGGGGUUCUCUGCCUGUCAUGGCGCCUUGGGGACUUUAGGAAUAACCACAUUCUGGAGGGGAUUGCUAGAGCCCAGCUGGUCCGCUGUGUGAGGCAGCCAUUUCCCUCGAUUAUGAUGUCAUACCAAGAUAUAAACAUCCUCAACCAAGACAUUGUUCUUGCCACACCAAUCACCAUAACCCAUAAACUGGAUUCCAGUAGUCCCUUCUACAGACUGGGCCCUGAUGACUUAAUGGAGGACAACUUUGAACUGGUGGUCUCUUUCACCUUCACUGGGGACUCUACUGGCAUGCUCCACCAGACUCGAACUUGCUAUACACCAGCAGAUAUCCACUGGGGCCAGCGUUUCCAGGACAUGCUCAAAGCGGGCAAGAAGCGCUUUACGGUUGACUACACUCUGUUUAAUGAAACCACUUGGGUACCAGUACCAAUGGUCAGUGCACAGGCAUACGACAGGUUGAUCCAACCAACAGAGAACCAUCCACAUGUACCUUCAGUCAUUCGAAAUGGACACAACUGUCAGAUUAACACUGAUAGAGAGGAAGUGAUCCAAACUUAUUUGUAGAACAUAAUUAUGUACAUUCAAACAUUUAUAUGAACAAUUCACCUAAGACUUGUUUUAGAAAUUGCAUAAGUUAAAGUAGUUCAGAUCUAUUGAAGUGAGCCUCCAAACGUCAAUUUCACUGACAGACAGUUUUUACUUGUUAUUUUAGAAAUAUAAUUGUCACUCAGAUUUUAUCAUGUCGGCACAACAUGAAAAUUGUCUUCUACCAAUGUUUUUCUGCAUUAGCCUUCAAUAGAAAAUGGACAGGUGAACUCCUUGGAUUAGAAAAGCCAGUCAAUUGCAUAUCACAUUGAAAAAUUAGCAUUCAUGGACUCAGGGACGUCACUAGCAUUGAAAGACGAGGAGGUCUAAGCCCCUAGGAUUGUAAGAAGGAAUUAAUACAUGUUGAGAUUAGAGAUGUUUCACUAAACCUGAACAGGUUUCUUCAAUUAUAUUAUGUCAUGUACACCAAUGAUGCUGUCAUAUUGCUGUAUUUUUUUCAAUGGCUUCUCUGGAAGAUCGCCUACCAUUGACUUUGUCAAUCUUUAGGAUGCCGAUUUUUUUUCAACAAGUACAAAAGCAGGACGUAACAGUGAGAUUGUCAUGAAAAAGAAAGAAAAAAAUCUACAAGAAUAAAUGAAAUAAAAACAGAACAUAUUCUGUUUGUAUGGUGUUUGUGGGUCUAAGCUGUGUUUGUGUGGAUCGCUGUGUUUGUGGGUGUUUGUACGUGGAUUUGUCACCAAGAGUUUUGUUUUUGCUUUCUAAUGAUGUGUAAGUGGUGAGGGAGGGGCAGCCCCACAAUAGUCCAGGUCCCACCAGCGCCAGAGUCUGUGGCCGUGCUUGCUCCCGCAGCCGAUAGCCACCAAAGGAUGGACAGCAGUCAGCCAGCCCAGUCAACAGACCCAUGCCCAGGUAAGAAGGGGAGCCAGCCAGAGGACACCAGGCCAAAGAGUAAAUGGUGCCUGUUGUGGCAGAAACCCCUGAACCCGCUGGUGGACAUCAGCGGUUAAGGAAGCUGUCAAGAUGAAGAAAAAAUCCUAUUGGGUAUUCUUUGCCUGUGGGACACAUUGAAUUAAAUUCAAUUAAAGUUUAUUUAUAUAGCGCCAAAUCACGACAAGGCACGACAAGAGUCAUCUCAAGGCACUUCACAUAAUAAACAUCCCAAUACAGGUCAGUUCAUUAAGCCAAUCAGUAAAAAAUGUCUUAUAAAAGAAACCCAGCAAAUUGCAUCAAGUCACCGACUAGUGUCAGAGUCUUUACAGCAAUCCUCAUACUAAGCAAGCAUUUAGCAACAGUGGAGAGGAAAACUCCCUU